CUGAUCGAACUCUAUAGUCGGCUAGUUACUAGCACCUCUCGCUGCUCUCGUCUUUUAUUCGAGUAGCUUGCAAGUCGACGCCAUGGGUCGUCUUCGCGCGAUCGUGGCUCUCUGUUCGCUCGCCAUUCUUCUGGCUGUCGCGACUUCCGCAAGCGCCGCUCGCGCUGAUCCCGCGAACUCCAUUGACGCAAUCGAAGGCGGCAUUUCGGGAGACGUGGCCGCUGCUGCGACCCCUGAGCAGUCCGCCGCGAGGAGGGACCUGAGCGAGGACCAUCAUCACGAGGAGCACCACCAUGACGAGCAUCAUCACGAGGAGCACCACCACAAGAAGCAUGAGGAGCACAAGAAAGAACACCACAAGAAGAAGGAGGAGCACCACAAGAAGAAGGAAGACCACCACCACGAGGACAAGCCCAAGCCGAAGCUGACAUGCAUGGAGAAGUACCAGCUCAAGUACGCGGCGUGCGAGACAAAGGAGGAUGAUUGCAAGGCCGGGGCUGGGAGUGACGCGUCCAUGGUGAUGGCGUGUGAGGACGCGUCCACGAGCUGCGAGCGCAAGGCGUACGCGUCGUUCAAGAAGUGCAAGUACGGCAAGUUUUCGUGCAAGGACUGGUGUGCUUAUAACACGAGGCGGUGCGAGGUGGAGGGGGAUAGCGGGUGUGCGAAGAGGGCUGAAAUGUGCUACAAACGGUGCGAGCCUAAGAAGAAGGAGCACAAGAAGGAGCACCACAAGAAGGAGGAGCAUCACCAUGAGGAGGAGCAUCACCACGAGGAGCACCACCACAAGAAGCAUCACGAGGAGGAGCACCACCAUGAGUAGAUGUUACUUGCCAUCAUUUUGAUGACUCUCGGUGCUGGCGGUGAUUGCUUCUUGAAGCCUGGAUAAGUGUGGUGGGGUUGGGAGAACGAAGGGAUGGAAAUUCAAGCAUUGUAGCAUUUGGUGAGUUUGGGCUUUUGAAUGCAUGGUAAUAACUCAUUUUGGAAUGGAUAAUUCCCACGU